UUUAUAUGCUCUAUGAAUUUAAUAAAUAUUAAAUCGUUGCGGUUAUAAAACGUAACCAUGGUACUUCGUCUAAUUAUAUCUUAAGUUGAUAAUAUAAUCGACAACGCGAUUUUUAAUUUAUAAGCUUCCGCUUUUGUUGUAUCAUGAAGCCAGGAAAAAGUUCGGAAUCACGAGAAGAAAUAGCUGAAGUCCACAGUACUGCCCGGUCUCCUUCUCCAAAGCACAAAGGUAAAACUAGAUCACGCAGUAGAUCCGGUUCCCGAAAGUUAUCAAACGGUCAUGUUUCUCCUGAAUCAGGAGAGAAUCAGGCGGACCAAGUUUAUGAAAAGGCAAAAAUAAGAGAGAACUGGACAAAAUCUGAACAAGAAUCAUUGGACACCGAGUUACCGAUUCAUGAUCAAAUUAAAAGGGGUAUAUUGGGCUUUGUGGAGAAGGAGAUAAAGAAAACUGACAAACCACCGUCGUUUGUUUUUUAUUCACAUGAUCCCAAUGGACUAGAGGAUAAAUUUAUGAAGAAUCUGUCAAGACCAUCAAGUAGUCAUAAAGAGAAGCGUAGUCCAUCCUAUAGAAAGAAGAAAAGGCAUUCCUCGAGGCAUAGAGACAAAGAUUUGCAUGAUUUUGAAGUGCCUGGUUCAAGUCUUAUUGCUUUAGAGAAGGUUGAUGAUUAUCUCAAAGAAUACAACAAAGAUGAAGUUGUUACAUUGAGUGGUGAAUUAGAUAUAGAAGCUCACGAUGUUGAGAAUAAUAAUGGGUCAAGUAGAGAAUUACGUCAUAAAUCAAGGAAGACAAGACGAAAACCAAGAGAAGAACGCCAUGAUAAUUCUAAUGGGAGGAAUGUCAGUCCAAAGGUUUUUAAGACUGCAAGUAAAAGUAAAUCGAGUAAACCUGCGCGUCCUGCAGAUCUAACUACAAUGCUCGAAAGCAUUCAAGCCAGUGUCCCGUACCAUGAUCAAUACAUUGACAAUCCAUUCUCGUCACCAUCGCCGCUUACUUCACCAAAUGAUGACAGGUUAGGUCUCUCUCGCAGGCCUGAAAAGAUUUAUCUUCAAGGAGGUGGAUCAUUCAGAGUUGUAUCUAGAGAAAGGAUAAUGGAGUCACAACAAUCUAAAGAGGAGGAGCGAUAUUCAAGACUAGGUGAUCCAACUCCACUGGAUGUAGCACUAACAGUCCAAAAAGCAUGGCGUGCCUUUGCUGGUGCCUGUCAUGGAGUACUUGGAGGGCUAUCUCUGAUGCAUUUGCUCCUCAUCAGCUAUUCGGACAGCCUGGAUGCUGGGCAUUUAUCUUUCCAUGCCGUGGUCACAAUGCCAUAUGUUGCGGCAUAUUAUUUCUUCUGUGUUCUCUGCUUGGUGUCUGUUUUGGAUCGCCUAGAUAUUACGAAUAUAGACACAACCCGUGGCCUACAACCUUGGUUCCAGCCAAUCGUAUUAGUGAUCUUGUAUAGUGCUUGUCUCUUGGUCUGUUCUGUUGCAAGGAUCUAUGAUGAGCUGAUGGUCUAUCAGUAUGCUCCACUGGUAGCGAAUUUAACUGGAAAUGUGACAAUGCCAACAAUACCAACGUUUUACCACACGUGGACUCACUUCUCAAUAUGGCGAGCGGUUCUUUCCAUACUGGGCCUCGUCUAUUUUGUUAUUUCGGGCCCUCAAGAUAUGGUUUAUCACAAUCUUCACCAAUUAUUACAAUUCAAACUUUCCUUGCAAAGUAUCGGAUGAUUUAUAUUUAAAAGGAUAUUUAUAAGUAAUACAAAUAUCAGUAUUUUUUUAAGUUACUGUAUGGCUAUGGAUAGUUCUAUUUUGAAUACUUAUAAGAAAUGAUUCAGAGGUUUUAAAAUACAUUUUAGCACAAUUGCAAACUUAUUAUUAGGUUUAAUGUUUAUUAAAUUAUUUUAAUUUAGCGCUUAGAUUAUAGAGUUAGUUUACGAUAAUAAAUAGAAAAACACAAUAACUACAUUUUGGUGCUAACUAGAAUGUUUUAAUUAUUUAUCGAGUAUUGGGGCAGAGAAUGUCCAUAUGCCAUUUUAAUUUUAGUUGUGCAGUUUUAUCUCUAAGGGACCGUUCAAUUAUUACCAUUUUUGGAGAUUCUUGACCCCCCCCCCCCAUGAGACGCUGCCGUAACGUUCUCUCGAUUCUUUAUAUCUAAAACCUAACUUUAUGUGGUGUAAAGUACUGGAAAGUGGACAAUAAUAUUGACAAUAACGCGUAAUUCAACUCCCACCCUGCAUCGUAACGUUUUACAAGAGGACCCCCCCCCCAAAAUUCGUUACGUAAUACUUGAACGCUCCCUAAGGGCGGUUUCAGACUAGCGUAUUUUUCUGCGCGUAUACGAUCUUUUCAGAAUAUGCGCUUACACGCGCGCUUCAAAAAACUGGUCGUAAACUGGCACCGACUGGUCUGUAACCGAUCUAAAUAGCAUGUUCAUUUAUUCAUAUUUAUUAUAUACGUCCAAAUUGCAAUAAUGCUUGUAUAUUAAAAUCAUCUCUCAUACCAAAGAUAAUAAAAUAUUUACAUAAUUAGAUAUAUAAGGUGUUAAGCUUGCUAAAAUAAUAUGCAUAUAAGAAAAUAUUGAUUUAAUUUUAAAAUUUAUUACAAUCACAAAAAUGGUUCUAGUCAUACCAUUAUUACAUACCAUACAUAGCAUUAUUUCUAUGCUAUCAAAUAUUUGCACCUUGUUCUUCUGUCACUUAUAAAUAAAUUAGACAAAACAUUAACAAUUUGAUGUUUAUAGUACAAGGACGUGACGUCAAAAGUUAUACGCUCCAAAGAUAAUUGCGUCCUAUAAGUUUACGUUUAACCAUCUAGUCUAAUCUAGUCAUUACCAAUAAAUUCAUAUAAAAAAUUAACCGUAUUUGUAUAUAUUUCAAUGUACCAAUAUUGAAUAAAAUAUUGCGUAAUGAAAUUUAAAUUAUAUGUCUUAAAAUUGCUUUUCAACCACUUUAAAACAUUAUAGAAAUGGCUAACACAUGACCUUGAUCGCAAGGAUCAGUUCAAAUAUUACUAAUAUUUAUUAAUUCGCACAGAUGUACCUGAUAUUUUAUUACAUACAUACUAGUCAUUAUGUCCAGUACUAGACCAAUAAAUUUAAUUUUCGACAUACAAAGACUUCAGAAUACUUCUAUGUUGUAAAUAAUUCUUCAACUAAUACACCACACUAGAUCUACUAACAAAUUCAUCUUAACUUAUAUAUUCAAUUAAUAUGUAUAUAUACUUUUUAUUAAUUAAGCUAUGCAUUUAGUAUAUGCAACAAAGGCACAGAUAUAGAAGCGGAUUAUUAAAUAAUAUUAAAAUGUACAUAAUUUAAGCUUGUUUUACUAUCGCUUUCUCCUUAUUCUAGAAUAAGUAAACUUCAGGUGUUAUGUUAUCCCCGAAAUUUAAAC